GUGGGUGAGGGACUGGUCAUUUGACCUUUAACGCGGUUCACUCUUUUCUAACGAGACUUGCCCGUCAAUCAAUACAUUGGCGUCAUGAACGGUAUGACGGCCGAGGCGGGAUAUCGCCGAGAACCCGUGACGACCUCGGAGAAUCCCAAUGGUCAAAGUUCCGCUCAGUCUAGGGGUGACAGUCAGGACGGGGAUAUGUAUUUUGAAAGCAUCGAUAUUCAGCCGGAGCUUCGGAUCCCGAGUCCGCGCCAAUCCUGGUGGACGCGUUGUUGGCAGGCAAGUGCGUGCGGUCGUGCAAGUGUUAUCAAUGACUCACUCAUGUCCAAUUUGGAAUUCAAGUCCUAUCGGUACCACCAUCAUGGAUACGGCGGUGCUUCAAGAGCCCCGGGGCUUCAUGCGGGCUUUGCAGUGGUUGUUUGCCAUUUGCGCCUUCGGCUCCUGCGCAGACUUUGAUACGAUCAUGCGCUACACGGUCACCUGUCCGAAUGGGGAUAUCAAAGAGAUCCAGCACAACGCCACCUACCCGUUUGUGUUGUCUAAACAACAAACGGUAAACGUGACGUGUGGCGAGAGCGGUCCGGCCAUCUACUUGGAUCCACCGGGCGAUUUCUCGUCCGAUGCGGCUUUUUUUGUCUUUACCGGCGUGAUCUCGUUCUUGGCCACCAUGGCCAUCCUCAUCGUGUAUGUGUUUUUCUCCCCCGUGUACGAAAAUGAAAGUAAAAAAGCGCCUCUGGUCGAUUUUUGUUUCACGGUCGUGAUUGCCGUGUUCUGGCUCUCGGCAUCAGCGGCGUGGGCGAACGGGUUGAGCGGCAUGAAGCACGUGUACGGCGGGGACUGGCUUCAUGCGGCUAACAAAUGCCCAUUCCCACCCGGGGGUGGUCCAGCCGAGGCUUCGAGCGUUGAGUACGCAUUCACAGCUUGCCAGGUCCUAGACAGUGGGCAUUAUGGACUGGCCAAUGUCUCCGUGAUCCUGGGGUUUCUGAACUUCUUUUUGUGGUCGAGCAACUUAUGGUUUUUGUACAAGGAAACGGCGUGGUUUGCAUCGCGUAAUCCGAACAAUGAGAGCUUGGAGGGAUGAGAAUUCGCUCGGCGUCGGCGUCGACGUCAGCCCAGGCCUAGUGAGGCCCAUAAGUGCAUUUGUAUGGGGUGAAAAUAGCCGUGUGAAUUACAAACGAAAUCUCA